CAAGUUUAAAGGUUUAUGUGUGAGUGGAUGGCUCUGUUCUGUUUUCGAGAAAUCCUUUGAAAUCGAAUUCAAGUUGAACUCAUCCCAAAACUAAUUAUCAUCCAGAGAGUCAUCUUGCUUGCAGUAGAGAAGCACAACAACUUUAUUCCCAAAAAAAGAAUAAUAAAAGUUAAAAAAAUGUCUUGGUUCUUCAAGUCCAACCACUCUUACUCGGAAUCUUCUCAACUCAACGACCGCACCGUUACCCAAUCCUCUUCUCCGCCGCUUCCCGCCGCCGAUCGCCACGGCGUCAAGGAAGACAUAUCGCAUAUUUUCCGCGGCGUGGCCAACUUCCUCGCUCCGCCGCCGUCCUCGUCUUCCGCUUCUUCUUCUUCCUCCGCUGAUUCCUCUUCCUCCUCCUCCUCUUCCUCACAAGCUCUGACCGGAAUCCGGAACGAUCUCGUGGAAAUCGGCGGAAGCUUCAAGAAUUCUCUCUCGCUAAUUUCCACCAACAAAGCGGUCACCGGAAUCUCCAAGUUCGCUUCUCAGUUGUUGCAGUUGGAGUCUGAUCAGCAACAAAGUAACGGCGACGCGGUGCCUGGAACGACGGAUGAUGUUGUGCGUUUCGUGAAGGAGAUUUCUGUGCGUCCUCAGUGCUGGACCGAAUUCCCCUUGCCGCUCCAUAACGCAGAUUUUAGCAUGUCCAAUUCUCAGAGAGAACAUGCAUUGGCUAUGGAACGGCUGGUACCUGAAUUCGUUGCACUAAGGCUGAAUCUUUGCAGUUACAUGAACGUGGAGAAAUUUUGGAUGAUCUAUUUUUUGCUUAUACUUCCAAGACUAAAUCAGCAUGAUUAUGAGUGCUUAUCAAACCCCAAGAUUGUUGACGCAAGAGAUGUGCUUCUCCAGAAACUUGGAGAGGGGAAGAAUUUGCAAGCUGAAGAAAGUGAAAAACCUGGGACUGUGGAUUCACAUCAAGAAGUUAGGGAGAACUGUGAAAGAGAAAGUAUCUCAUUUGAGCAAGACCAGGAUUUGACUGAGGUCACAAAUGCAGUGGAGGGUUUAGAAGUUGAUGACACGGUUAGUACUGAAAAAUGGUUAGAAGAUACCGAUAUUGAUGCUAGUUCAUUUGCUUCCUGUACAAAACUUCAACAGGAAGAGGAUGUGUCAUUCAGUGACCUAGAGGAUGAUGGGAGUUAUAGCUCCGAUAAAUUAUCAAGCCACAGGGAGACGCAGGACAUCAGGGGUUCAUCCCCUGAAGGUGCUACUAGUGACUGGGUUCGGCUGCAUGAAAGUUCUCUGAGAGAUGGCAGGAAGAAUGCUAUUCGUUUAAAAGGUAAGGAUUCAGAAGAUGAGUCAAAUGAUUGGCUCUCGGUUGAUGAUUUUAAUUAGUUAGGCUUUCAUUGAUUCACCAACUUGUAAAGGUUCCAUAUUUUUCACUUCUCAAUGGCUCUGUAUUUAUGGAGUACCAUUAUAUAAAUUAAACUAUUUACUUUCUUA